AUGCAAGGCGAAAAAGCUGCACCAACUGUCUCAAAAGGAAAAGGAGCCUUGAGGAUAUCAGGAGAAGAAUCAGUCUCCGAAGAGAGAGAAGUAACGGAAUACAAAUCCAUCUCUGAAGAAAAUGAAACGCCUUCGAAACGGCAGAAACAAAGCGACGCUGCGUCAGAUAAUAGGAAAUUAUUAUCGAGUCCUGGUACAACUCUCGCUACACCAAAGAAAAAGAAAGCCAGCUCUCCUAAGUCCCCACGCAAAACUACCAUACCUCAAGCAAAGAAACCGAAGGCUCCCAAAUCUCCAAAGACUGACACACCCAAAGAAUCAGAGAAAGUAAAACCCCCCAAGGGCGUCAUAAUCAGAACCCAAUACGUUGCAAACCCCGCCGCGGUUUUUAUUCCCCCUAUUGAAAUCUCCCACAAGGACCUGACGGAUUCUACACUCGACGGAGAAGGCGAAUUAGUAUAUCAAGGAGAACGAAAUAAAGAAGAUAAUCUGCUAUACUGGUCUUUGAAUCACCGAAUAGUCGCUGAAAAAUACGACCGUCCCGCAGCGGAAUAUUUCGAACCACCUAAAAAAACAUUGAAGAAAUGGCGUGCGUAUUGUGCGUUUCGCGGGUUGGAUACUUCGGGUACGAGAGAAGAGAUGCAGGAAAGAGUGAAAGAUUAUUUUGGAUUUGUUGGAUUUACGGAACACGAUGAAGGUGAUGAGAAUAGUGACAACGAUGAAUCAAUUGCAGAAUCAGAACGUCUAAGGGAAAUAAUCGAGGCAGAAAAUCAUCGUCCACGGGACCCAUUCUGGCGUAUCCAAAACGAAGCCGAAAGAACUCGAUUAUGGAGCAUCCUCUCCACAGACCAGCAAUUCGAAAGCAAUAUCUCACUCUUCAUCACUGAGAAUAUAACUGACUCUAGAAACCACGACGUGUGGGUAUUCAAAACACGUCCCAAAUUUAACGUCGCUGAGUGGUUUAAAUUUUUCGAACAAUAUCGAGCUCAGGAUAUCGGAUUAGUAUUCACCACUCCGCCUAACUCUCUACCUUUAGAAAAUAAAGAAGAUAAACCCCCCGAGAUAAAAUAUCAGCGUGGGAAAAUGGUCGCUGUACCGUUCUCUAAAACCCACUGGGGAGGAGCGUGGGUAGCUACGGGUUUUGAAAAAGGGAUGAUACUCGCGGGGACUCAGAUCCUGGUAAAGCGAAAGCUUGAGCAAAUGUGCGAAGAGGUCAGAAGAGGUAUAAUUGGGAGAUAUAUCAUAGAUUCCAGAAGUGCAGGGAAACUAACUGCGAAUUCAUCUCAGUCCUCAAUCGCGAGCACAUGGAUCGUAAAAGAACAACAACAAGCACAAGCUCUAUGGAAUCGCGAGGAUGCAGAUAACAGAACUUCAGAUCUUACAUAUCAAUACGGGAAAGUGGUAAAAGAGAAUGUUUCGUCAACUCAAAUUGUUUCGUCUCCUGCGCUGCUGCAUAGGCGCGCUUCAUUGAGUAUUUUGAAAAUGCUCGCUGUGCGGUGA